AUGGAAUCGAGCAAGCGGAAAGUAAGCUCCAUUGACUUGAUUUCCCCUAACCACCAGAGACGCCUAUCUCUUGAAUCUGGCAGUCAGCUCGGUCCAGAUGAAGUUAUGAUUUCUAACGGAAAUGGACACGUACCUAUGGACCUUGAGACAAAUGAGAGCAAGAAGUCGAGAAUGGACAACCUAGAUGCACCUCCUUCCAAAGUCGUCCACGUGCGCAACAUGCCAUCUGACGCAUCAGAAAACGAGAUCGCUUUGCUUGGUAUUCCAUUCGGGAUGAUCGAUAAUCUUGUAUUAUCCAAGAAAAAUAACCAAGCACUGAUGGAGAUGGCUACAAUAGAUGUUGCCAUUGCCCUCGUCUCCUACUAUAGACAAUUUCCUGUUAAUCUCCACGGCAAAAAUCUCAUGAUACAGUUUUCAAAGCACCAGAGACUUGAAUUGCAUUCAGAGAAUAAUGUAAUAGAAAAUGCAGUAAAGAAUGCAAAUCGUCUGGUUGCUCAAGAUCUGAGUGGUGUGAACUCUGGACUCCCUAAUACAGUUCUCCGCAUUCUCAUUGAUAAUAUUAUGGGACAGCAAAUAAAUCACAUGAUUUUAUAUAAGAUUUUUCAUCGGUUCGGGAAAAUCCUUAGAGUCAUAAUUUUCCUCAGAAAUAAUCAGUAUCAAUGUCUUCUAGAGUUUGAAGAUCCGACCCAAGCAUUUGUAGCAAUGUUGCAUCUCAAUGGACAGAAUAUAUACACCGGUUGCUGCUCGCUGCGAGUUGAAUUUUCAAAAAAUCGUGGCCCUUUAGAAAUAAGGCAUGAAAGUGAUAAAUGUCGUGACUAUUUGAUAUCCCCACUUGCAGACGAAGAAAUCUCUAGCUUGCGCUCUCUUCCUGGGGGUACAGGGGUAGGGAAUGUUGGUAUCGCUGGCUCGGGGAAUAUGGGCAACGCAAACGCCGCUGGUAUUCACUUCGCGGCAAGUGGCCUCUCUGGAAACAAUAUGCAAUGUUUGUCGGCUGCUGGUAUGCCAGGAGGAGGCUUUCAGGUUUCCAGCGGGGGCGGUGCUCCUGGUGUCUCCGUUGGCUUAAACGAUCUGACGGCUCAACUUACGGCCUUCGCUCAACAAUCCGGUGUUCCCCUUAGUCCUGCGGCUGCGGCUGCAACAGCCAGCUUUAUGGCCUUAGCAGCACAAGGCGGUCAAGUUGCGCAAUCUGGACAAGGCGGCCAGGCCCAUCCUGCUCUACCUGGAGGCCUACAUGGGCUCCCCGGCGUUGCAAGUUCAAAUGCUGCUGCUGCGGCAGCGGCAAACAUGGCAUCUAUGCUUAGUCAAGCGGCAGCUGCUCAGAGCGGUGGUUUGACUGGAGUGGGCCUCUCUGGAGGUGGAAAUUCCCAGCUUGGAUUGAGGACACAACAAUUCCAAGGGGUCGGCAGCAAUGUUCUCAUUGUUUCCAACUUGAAUGACGAGGCAAGUUACUUUUUUAGAGUCUACCCGGAUGCCCUUUUCACACUCUUUGGCGUCUACGGUGAUGUAACUCGAGUGAAGAUCAUGUUUAACAAAAAGGACACUUCAUUAGUUCAAUUUGCAGAUGCCCAGCAGGCUCUUUGUGCCUUGAAACAUCUCAACGGAGUAACUUUAUGGGGGAAGCCAAUGAAGAUUUCACUCUCGAAGUACAACGUAGUCCAGAUGCCAAAAGACAGCAAUGAUGCUGGCCUCACAAAGGAUUACGCCAACAGCUUGCUUCAUAGGUUUAGGAAACCAAAUUCCAAGAACUUUCAGAAUAUUUUUGCCCCUAGUAGUGUUCUUCAUCUCAGCAAUAUCCCUGCCUCUGUCACAGAGGACGAGAUCCGUGCUUUAUUUAGCCAGAAAGGUUAUCAAGUAAUGAGCUUCAGAUUCAUGCAAAAAGACAAGAAGAUGGCAUUCAUCCAAUUAGAAAGCAUCGAUGUUGCAAUACAGGCUUUGAUUGAGUUACAUAAUACUCAAUUGAGCGAAAACUCUCAUCUACGGAUCAGUUUUAGUAGGACUACUAUCUAG